AUACUGAAAAAUAUACAGCUCAUACAUUGAAAACUGGUCCAUUACCAUUACUCAUGUUGAAGAAUCCUCUGACCUCUCUUUAUCUCUCUUUAUUACACCGACAAAACAUUAGUACAUAAACAUAACAUCUCAUUUAUAAAGCUCUAAAGCCAAAGGAAGAAAAAAAAAACAAAGUGUUGUAGAAAAAAUGAAGUACUCAAUGAGAUUAAGUUCUCUCUCAUUAUUGUUAGUAGUGUUUCUUGUUGUGACAAAUUCAAAUGGAGAAGAUCCUUAUAGAUUCUACACUUGGAAUGUUACCUAUGGAGAUAUCUAUCCUCUUGGAGUUAAACAACAGGGUAUAUUGAUCAAUGGACAGUUUCCAGGACCGCAGAUUGAAGCUGUCACUAAUGAUAACUUGAUUAUCAGUGUUUUCAAUAGCUUGGAUCAACCUUUUCUGUUUUCUUGGAAUGGAGUAGAGCAGAGAAGGAAUUCAUGGCAAGAUGGAGUAUAUGGAACAAACUGUCCUAUUCCACCAGGGAAGAACUUCACUUAUGUUCUUCAAGUAAAAGACCAGAUUGGUAGCUUCUUUUACUUUCCCUCCCUUGAAUUUCACAAGGCUGCAGGUGGUUAUGGUGGCAUCAAAAUUAACAGCCGUCCUAUGAUUCCGGUACCGUUUCCUCCUCCGGCUAAUGAUUUCACAGUAUUGACCGGAGAUUGGUACAGCAGAAAUCACACUGAUCUUAAGGCCAUUCUAGACAAUGGAAGUGACCUUCCUUUUCCGGAUGGACUUGUCAUCAAUGGUCAUGGUUCUAAUGCUUUUACAUUCAGUGUUGAUCAAGGCAAGACUUACAGAUUCCGCAUAUCAAAUGUUGGACUCACAACUUCCAUCAAUUUCAGAAUUCAAGGCCAUAAGAUGAAACUAGUUGAAGUGGAAGGAAUCCACACACUACAAAACACUUAUGAUUCUCUUGACAUUCAUUUGGGACAGAGUUACUCGGUAUUGGUUACUACCGAUCAACCGCCACAAGACUAUUAUAUCGUUGUCUCUUCGCGAUUUACCUCUCAAGUUUUGACAGCUACCUCGAUACUUCAUUACAGUAACUCGGCGAAAACUGUUUCUGGUCCUCCACCAGGAGGCCUCACUGUUCAAAUCGAUUGGUCUCUCGAUCAAGCUCGCUCCCUCAGGAGGAAUCUUACUGCUAGUGGACCAAGGCCUAAUCCGCAAGGAUCUUACCAUUAUGGUUUAAUAAACACGACACGAACCAUUAGACUUCAAAACUCUGCACCAAUUAUCAACGGCAAGCAACGUUACGCUGUUAAUAGUGUUUCCUUCAUCAACCCCGAUACACCACUUAAGCUAGCUGAUUAUUUCAAUAUCCAAGGAGUUUUCAGCCUUGGAAGUAUUUCGGACAGUCCUACGGGCGGUGGUGGCUACCUCCAGACUUCUGUCAUGGCUGCUGAUUUUAGAGGCUACGUGGAAAUCGUGUUUGAAAAUCCUGAAGAUACUGUGCAGUCUUGGCACAUUGAUGGUCAUCACUUUUUUGUUGUAGGAAUGGAUGGAGGAGAAUGGUCAGCUUCAAGCCGAUCGAAUUACAAUUUGGGCGACACGAUUUCUCGUUGCACAGUUCAGGUAUAUCCCAAGUCAUGGAGUGCAGUGUACAUGCCUUUGGACAAUGUGGGAAUGUGGAAUGUGAGAUCAGAGAAUUGGGCUCGUCAGUACUUAGGACAACAGUUUUAUCUUCGUGUGUAUUCUCCGGCAAAUUCAUGGAGAGAUGAGUAUCCGAUACCAAGCAAUGCUUUGCGGUGUGGUCGAGCCAUAGGUCAUUGAACUAAGUCGUUAAAUUUCAUUCAUUCUCUAUGGAGAGAACAUAGACACAGACACCGGACACGAUUAUGAAGCGUGGUCGCAUUUGAUGUUAAAACAUAUCAUGGCUACAUAAUUUAUUUUCCUUGCAAGGCUUAACUCGAGCCAAUUUUCCUUUGUACUAGUCGAUAUUACUUUAGAAUAUAAAAUAUAGUCCAUAGGUUGCUCUGUUCAUUCUCUUAAAUCGAAAUUUAAAUCACUGGUACAUUUCCCACAUGA